CAGCUCUCUGCUCCAGUGAGUCGUAUGGCUUGAAGGGUGGAGCUGGAACCUGGCAUUGUUACCUUCAUGGAUCCCCUGAACGUGUCCUGGUACAAUGACGACAUUGGCAACAGGAACUGGAGCAAGCCUCUCAAUGGGUCCACUGAAGACCAGAAGCCACACUACAACUACUACGCCAUGCUUCUCACCCUUCUCAUCUUCGUCAUUGUCUUCGGCAACGUGUUGGUGUGCAUGGCCGUGUCCAGGGAAAAAGCCCUUCAGACCACCACUAACUACCUGAUCGUGAGCCUGGCCGUGGCAGAUCUCUUGGUGGCAACUCUGGUGAUGCCCUGGGUAGUCUACCUAGAGGUGGUCGGUGAGUGGAGAUUUAGCCGGAUCCACUGUGACAUCUUUGUCACCCUGGACGUUAUGAUGUGUACUGCCAGCAUCCUCAACCUCUGUGCCAUCAGCAUUGACAGGUACACCGCAGUAGCAAUGCCCAUGCUUUAUAACACACGCUACAGCUCCAGGCGCAGAAUCACUGUCAUGAUCUCCGUGGUCUGGGUCCUGUCCUUCGCCAUCUCCUGCCCACUUCUGUUUGGUCUCAACAACACAGCCAAGAAUGAGUGUAUCAUUGCCAAUCCUGCCUUUGUUGUGUAUUCCUCUAUCGUCUCCUUCUACGUUCCCUUCAUUGUCACCCUGCUGGUAUACGUACAGAUUUACGUAGUGCUCCGGAAACGCAGGAAGCGCGUCAACACCAAGCGCAACAUCCACGGCCUGGACUCUGACACGCAGGCACCUCUGAAGGACAAAUGCACUCAUCCAGAAGAUGUGAAGCUCUGCACUGUCAUUGUCAAGUCCAACGGGAGUUUCCCAGUUAAUAAGCGGAAAGUGGAGGCAGUGAAUCACAUGGAGGAGAUGGAGAUGGAGAUGGUGUCCAGUACCAGCCCCCCUGAAAAAACCAAACACAAACCAGCCCUGCUGAGUAACCACCAAUUGGUUAUGCCAGCCACUUCCAACCAGUGCAUCAAUUCCACCCUGGAUUUGCCCUUGGACAGCCCCACGAAAACGGAGAAGAAUGGGCACGCCAAAGACAACCCAAAGACGGCCAAGGCCUUUGAGAUCCAGUCCAUGCCCAACGGCAAGACAAGGACUUCCCUCAAGACCCUGAGCAGGAGGAAACUCUCGCAGCAGAAGGAAAAGAAAGCCACCCAGAUGCUAGCCAUUGUGCUUGGUGUUUUCAUCAUAUGCUGGCUCCCCUUUUUCAUCACCCACAUCCUGAACAUGCAUUGCAACUGCAUCAUUCCACCGGUGAUGUACAGUGCCUUCACAUGGCUCGGGUAUGUCAACAGCGCCGUCAACCCAAUUAUUUACACCACCUUCAACAUUGAGUUCCGCAAGGCCUUCAUGAAGAUCCUCCAUUGCUAAAUAAAGCCUGAGAGCAAGAUGAUGCCAUGCACACACCACAUACACACACACAGGCGAAUAGGGAGUCAUGAGGAGGCCUAUGGUGUUAAGACAGUGCCAUGCCUACGCACCCUUAUAGCUGGGACGUAAUGGGUGGCUUCAAGUGGGAUGCUCUCUCUUAUUCUUAAGGUGACCUUGGACUCCGAGAUCAACCCAAAGGGCAGUUUUAAGAGGUACUCUCACACUGUGUUUGAAGAUACAGAAGCAAAAACUAAGACACACUCAUUUGAUACCUGCCUGUGGCCAACUGACCUCCAGUGCAUUAAUUGUGGACAUUAGCAGAGCCAGCGGUGGACAGUGAUUGGUCACUGUGCUGGUUGCUCACACGUUAACAUCAUUGAUACAAUUCUCACCAAAGACACCAACAUCUUUUCUGCUUUGCAAUAGGAGCCAGAAAGCCAGAGCUCACAGGAACUCCAUGCAAUGGCUUUGCCAUCACCUCCAGCUGACCAGUCCAGUAUCAAAUGGCUGAAGCCUUCAGACAAAGACUUAGAGAGGUGCCAACUGGGCUAAGAAGGUUCUGCCAUCAUACAAGAUCCGAUAUCUACAGCCAUAUGGGUCCAGGGGAAGUGGGUGCAGGAGGAGAAUGGAAACCUGUAUCACAUAUGGUGUCAUAACACAAAUGUAAAUAUGAAAAAAUAGGAUGAAUUGAACAGAAGCCCAAGCCAAAA